GGGCGGUCCGCCCCGGUGAUGGCGCAUAAAACCGCUGGCCACCUGCUGGGCCGCUCCUCCGUGUGCUGCGGGCCUCGUCCUCGGAGUCGCUGCCUCUAUCACCUUCCGUCCCCGUCUCGGUCCCUUCACAGGCGCGGAACCCCGCGAGCACCGCGCGGGCGCCGGGGCGCGCAGACAUGGGCAACCUCUCUAGAGCGCGCCGGGUGACCGCGGCGCUGGGUUUCAUCGGGCUCCUCUUCGCCGUGCUGGGCAUUAUCAUGAUCGUGAUGGUGCCCUCAAUCAUCAAGCAGCAGGUCCUCAAGAAUGUGCGCAUCGACCCCAGCAGCCUGUCUUUCAACAUGUGGAAGGAAAUCCCUGUCCCCUUCUACCUCUCUGUCUACUUCUUCAACAUCCUCAAUCCCGAGGAGAUCAUCCAAGGCCAGAAGCCACAGGUGCAGGAGCGCGGGCCUUAUGUGUACAGGGAAUUCAGGCACAAGACCAACAUCACCUUCAACAACAAUGACACGGUGUCCUUCCUGGAGCACCGCAGCUACCAGUUCCAGCCGGAUAAGUCCCGCGGCCAGGAGAGCGACUACAUCGUCAUGCCCAACAUCCUGGUCUUGAGUGCGUCAAUGAUGAUGGAGAACAGGCCCGGGAUCUUGAAGCUGAUGAUGACCUUGGCGUUCAGCACCCUUGGCCAGCGUGCCUUCAUGAAUCGCACUGUUGGCGAGAUCAUGUGGGGCUAUGAUGACCCCUUAAUCCACCUCAUCAAUCAGUACUUCCCAAACUCACUCCCCUUCAAGGGCAAGUUUGGCUUAUUUGCUGAGCUCAACAACUCGGAUUCUGGCCUCUUCACCGUGUUCACAGGGGUCAGAGACUUCAGCAGGAUCCACCUCGUGGACAAGUGGAAUGGAGUCAGCAAGGUCAACUUCUGGCAUUCCGAUCAGUGCAACAUGAUUAACGGAACUUCCGGGCAGAUGUGGGCACCAUUUAUGACCCCUGAAUCCUCGCUGGAAUUCUACAGCCCCGAGGCCUGCCGGUCACAUGAGGAUGCCGUGGUGUUUGCCUCGCUUGGUCGGGUGAUGGAGAGGUUCAGCUUCGGGUGUCUGGGUGUGAAUUUCUCACUCGGAGGGAUCCGAGUCAGUCUUUGCCCUCACACACUGGCGUCCAUCCCACAGGCCCGCUGCUGGGAGAGAAGGAACAGAGCAGAUGCACCCUUGUUUCUCUCCCAUCCUCACUUCUACAACGCUGACCCAGUCCUGGCAGAGGCAGUGUCUGGCCUCCAUCCUAACCCAAAAGAACAUUCCUUGUUCCUGGACAUCCACCCGGUCACCGGAAUCCCCAUGAACUGCUCUGUGAAACUGCAGCUGAGCCUCUUCCUUAAGUCUGUGAAAGGCAUCGGACAAACUGGGAACAUCCAGCCAGUGGUCCUGCCACUAAUGUGGUUCGAAGAGAGUGGCGCAAUGGAGGGUGAGACCCUUCAGACAUUCUAUACCCAGCUGGUGUUGAUGCCCAAAGUGCUGCAGUAUGCCCAGUAUGUGCUCCUUGCCCUGGGCUGCAUCCUACUGCUCAUCCCCAUCAUCUACCAAAUCCGGAGUCAAGGUUCCAAAGAUGCCAUCAGCCAGCCCAGUCUGGCCGCUCAGCCAGACCAGCUUCCCAGCCCCUACACCCCGCUUCUUCAGGACUCACUCAGUGGACAGCCCACCAGUCCCAAAGUCUGAGCCCGCACCUCCUGCACAUUGCACGCACACACACACACACACACAUACACACGCAUGCCCCUGGUACGUGCCCACACGUGUGCACAGGUGUGUGCAGACACUCAGGGAUGGAGCCGCUGCUGAGAGACUUGGGGGAAAGGCUGGUCAACAAGGACUGUUCUGGAAGCUUCUCUCCAUGUAAUCCACAGGCCUGACCAUAGGUGCUAUGGGCACGGGGUCCCCUAGCCCAGGCCUUUAAUGACUCACAUCACCUCUCCCCAGCGGUCCGCUCCAUCUGUCUUGAAACACUGCAGCCCCUUUCUGGUGGCUCACCCAGGCAGGACAGGGCGUUUACCCUGAGAGGCCGCCACUGUCCCCAAAUCCAGUCCAGGAGUGCUGACUUCUUGUGCCCGAACCUGGUGGGCAAGGUUUUGUGGUUCAGCACCCAGCUCGGACCAGAGCUGUAGCCACUGGACUCCCAUCUGGGACUCAGAAAUGGAGAUGCAUCCUAAACCCCCUGCAGGAUCAUGGGUUUGGGUGUCCAGGUCCCUUCCCUCCAGCCUAAACUGACAUCAUCCUGUAUACUGAGCCAGUCACUUCCUGGCUGGGGUGGUGGAAGGCUGUGCCCUGAGCUGCCCCCCACCAAGGUCUGCAGCUAUCAGGUGCCAGGGCAGAAGUAGAGAGGCUCCGGAAUGUCAGCCUGGAUGUCUGGUCAGGAGACCCAUCCGUCUGGGACUCCUGGUCUCUGGGACAAGCAAGCCUCUGUCUCUUUUCUACUGGAAGGAAAACUGAAUAUCAUCUUUUAAAAAUAAUUCAUCAUUGAAGUAAUAAACCUUUUUAAAAAGUGA